AUGAUAUCACCUGGCCACAAGCACAGCUCGCCGUCCUUGUCCCAGAAGAGGAGCCCCAACGAUAUCAAUCAUAUAUCCCCAUUCUCGAACUCUGCUUUUUCCGCGAACUCUUCGCUCUCCUUGAGCUGGCCUGUGAAAGACCCUUUCGAAGCUCGCCUGCUCCAUCAUUACAUAGUAGCCUGCAGCGACUGGAUUGAUGUAUGUGACUCGAGGCGGCACUUUACUCGCGAGGUUCCUAAACGCGCCGCACAUUUCCCGGUCAUCUUGAAUGCCAUUCUUGGCCUGGCGUCUCGGCACUUGUGGUUGAUCGAGAAGCUGGAGGAAGAUCACUCGCAGCCCUACGUUGAUCAAUGCCUCCAGUCACUCAUCAUUGCCUUAGAGGACCCCUUGGCCCACUGGGAUGAAAACUUCUUAGUCGCCGUCAUUUUGCUUCGUCUUCAUGAAGAGAUUGGGGAAGAUGACGAGCAGUGCCAUCAUUUCGGUACAGCCCGCAUCCUCAACUCCAUAUCUUCAUUCGCUGCCGAUGGCGGCCUACGCGAGUCCGCAAGCUGGGUCUCGCUCCGUCAGCAUAUCUACGUUUCUCUAACCAAACAACAACCCUUCAAUCUGAGUUUGGAUAAUUACAAACAUUCCUGCGUAUUCCGCGAGUACGACGACGAGGCCUGGGCAAACCGUAUCGUCUAUCAAUUUGCACUCAUACUCCAGCACGUAUUCGAAGACGCAGAGCAUACGAACGCGCUCUCGCGCGAGAAGUGGACGGAACUCAACGCAGACACGGACGAGUGGUACCGCACAAAGCCAUGGUCCUUUGCGCCUCUAUACUCUGACCCGAAAGCCGGAGACUCCUUUGAUGGAUCGUGGCCUGCUUUACCCACAUCACAAGGCGUCGUCGCCAUCGGUUUACAGUACUACCACCUUUGCAAGAUACUACUUACGAUCUACUCUCCAAACGCAUCUCUGGUCGGCCUCGCUGGAUUGCGCGCGAGGAAAUCUACAGACGCAGCGAUAAGAAAGCACAUACGGAUAAUUAUUGGCUAUGGUGUUAGCAAUAGUCACUGCAGUAAUGUCAUGUUCCAGGGGAGCCACAUACUUAGUGCUUGUGGGGCGUACAUAGUUGAUAAGGCGGAACAGCAGGCGUGUGUUGAGUACUUGACCAGCUUACAAAGAUUGAUAGGGUGGAGGACAGACAAGGUGUUGGCAGAAGUUCGCGAGCAGUGGGCAAGUUGAAAGAU